AAUGAUCUUUCCCAGCUGUGGAAAAGAUGUUCUCCUAAAGAGGAGGAAAACAAGCGGGAGCCGGCCACAUUUUAGCUCGUGUGCUUCUCUCUUUUUGUUUUUUUGUGGAUAAAAGAAGGCAUUCUGUUGAAAUAAUACUCGUUAUUGUGACUGCUGGAACGAAGUAUCAGAACAAUAUGGAUCUUCGGCUAAUCGUGCUAGCGUCGUCGUUAGCACUCCUAACCUUCAGCUUAGCGCAACAAGAGGCAAGUGUUUGCAUCAUGGCCAACGCUCGGUCGUGCGCUCAGUGCAUCCAAGUGGCUGAGUCAUGCGGAUGGUGCAUGGAUGAGUACUUCCUCCCGGCGGGCAAGUUCAACUCUGCUCGCUGUGACGACCUUGAGUCUCUGAAAGCUCGGAAGUGCAACGUGGCAAAAAUGGAGAACCCUCGCGGCAGCAUCGUGAUCAACAAGAACGAACCCUUCUCCACCCGCAACAAUGACAAGCAGGUCACACAGAUCCAGCCUCAGAAGCUCACCCUCAACCUCAGAUCCGGUGAACCGCAGACAUUUGAUGUGAAGUUCAAGCAAGCUGAGGACCACCCCUUAGACGUAUACUACUUGAUGGACUUCUACUUCUCCAAGAAGGAUGAUAUGGACAAUGCCAAGAACCUGGCCACAGACAUCAUGUUACAAAUGCAGAGCAUCACCUCAGACUUCAGGAUUGGAUUCGGCUCAUUUGUUGGGAAGACGGUGAUGGCAGGCUCCGACAACCCAUGCGUGGGUGACCAGAACUGCGCCAGCUACAAGAACAUUCUGAAGCUGACCAAUAAUGGAGACCAAUUCAUCCAGCUGCUCAACCUGCAGCAGAUCUCGGGAAAGCAGGACUCUCCCGAGGGAACCUUGGACGCCAUCAUGCAGGUGGCUGUGUGCGAGGAGCAGAUCGGCUGGAGGAACGUCACUCGCCUCCUCAUCCUCUCCACAGACGCAGGAUUCCAUUUUGCCGGGGAUGGCAAACUGGGUGGCAUCAAGCUCCCCAAUGAUGGAAAUUGUCACCUGGAGAACAACAUGUACACCAUGAGUCACCACUAUGACUAUCCCUCCAUUGCCCAGCUAGUCCAGAAACUGAACGACCACAACAUCCAAACCAUCUUUGCCGUUACCGAGGAAUUGCAACCAGUUUACAAGGAGCUGAAAAAUCGGAUUCCCAAAUUGGCAGUGGGCACACUGUCUUCCAAUUCCAGCCAUAUCAUCAAACUCAUCACUGACGCCUACAACUCUUUGUAUUCGGAGAUCAUUCUGGAAAACAGCAAGCUUCCGAAAGGAGUUUCCAUCAUCUACAAGUCGAUCUGUAAGAACGGCUUGGAGGGGACUGGCGAAAACGGCAGAAAGUGCUCUGACAUCUCCGUUGGAGAUGAGGUGACUUUCAAGAUCUCCGUCGAGUCCCAGGAGUGUCCGUUGCACGGCAAGCCCGAGAGCAUCAAAAUCAAACCACUGGGCAUCCCCGAAGAGGUGGAGGUGGUCCUCAACUUCAUCUGCGAGUGUCAGUGCUCGGCCCAGGGAGAGCCCAACAGCAACAAGUGCAACGGCCACGGCACCUUUGAGUGCGGCACCUGCAAUUGUAACGAGGGCCGUAUCGGCCGUCUGUGCGAGUGCAGCACGGACGAAGUUCGUAUGGAGGAUCUGGAUUACAACUGCCGCAAGAACAAUGGCACAGACAUCUGCAGUAACAAUGGCGACUGUGUGUGUGGAACCUGUGAGUGCAAGAAGAGAGAAAACCCCACUGAGAUCAUCAGCGGAAUGUUCUGCGAGUGCGACAACUUCAACUGUGACCGCUCCAACAACAAACUCUGCGGAGGCCAUGGUCGUUGUGAGUGUCGCAUGUGUUUGUGCGACGGUAACUACACGGGCAGUGCUUGUGACUGCUCCCUGGACAUAUCCAUGUGCCUGGCAAAGAACGGACAUAUCUGCAACGGGCGAGGAAGCUGCGAGUGCGGAUCCUGCAAAUGCACCGACCCCAAGUUCCAGGGAUCCACCUGUGAGAUCUGCCCCACCUGCCCUGGAGUCUGUGCAGAACACAGGGCGUGCGUGCUGUGCAGAGCGUUCCAGACAGGCGAGAAGAAGGGCACGUGCGAGCGUGACUGUGGCUACUUUGUGUUGAUCAAGGUGAAUGACCUUGAGAAUCUUCCUCAGCCCACUGGGAGCGUUCCCAUUUCGCACUGCAAGGAGAGAGACACAGAUGGCCGCUGGUUCUACUACUCCUUUGCCAUCAGGAAUGACAUUAAGGAGGUCCACGUCGUCGAUAUGCUGGGAUACGUCAUGCCCGCUGGCCAUGUGGCGACCUUGCACAAUCAGCGAUCUGCCACCUCCUCCAGUUCUCUCUCUUCCAUCUUGAUGUUUGGAUCGACCAAAUGGCUCAAUCUCCUGUGUUUUUUUGCAAACUCCUUGGUUCUCACUCCUCUGUUUACAUUUUAGUCUCCCACGAGAGAUUCCCUCGAAGCUUCAAGAACAACAGAAGAGUGAAGAGGGAUGAAAGUUUGGAGAAAUAUAACAUUCGCUCCUUGAUUUUAUCAUUUAAUGGAAACUGCAAUUAAAGAUGACAUCACGUCAUUGAUGCAUAUUGCAAAUCGAA